AAGCCCACCCAGCCAGCACUGACUGCUGCACCCGGCAUUUCGCUCCGCAACGCGGUCGUUCAGUGAUUACACCUGUUCGGACCCGGAUUAAUUGUGAACGCGAAUCAUCUUUAUUCUAAUGGAAGGACACUGCCAUUCAUGGGCCCAAACACCAGUACAGGGAACCCAAACUGCCACAUCUAAGGGCCUCUUUGCACGCUGCAUUUGACCGCUGACCGACCCGCCCGUUCACACACUUGUUGGUGACACCUCGUGAGGCCACGCUGAGGCUAAUUGCUGGGAAGAUGCUGCGGCGGUUGACAAAUCUGCGACUCGUCUAAAUUAUACUAUCAGUUUCAUGACUAUUUAAAGGAGAAAAAAGGAGUAGAAGAGGAGCAUUCACCUCAAAGAUGCUCUUCAGCAUCUUGCUCAUCCUGCACGCCAUUUAUGGCGGCGUGGUCCACACCAUGCAACAUUACCCGGCUGCCUGGGGACAUUACGACGUGUGCAAGUCCCAGAUCUACACAGAAGAGGGUCUGGCGUGGGACUAUAUGGCCUGUCAGCCCGAAGCCACCGACAUGACAAAGUAUCUGCGGGUGGCCCUUGACCCGCCCAACAUCACAUGUGGGGAUCCGCCAGAAACCUACUGUGCUCUGGAGAACCCUUAUAUGUGCAACAAUGAGUGUGAUGCAAGCACUGAGGAGUUGGCUCAUCCACCCGAACUGAUGUUUGACUUUGAGGGACGCAACCCUACCACCUUCUGGCAGUCCACCUCGUGGAAGAAAUACCCAAAGCCACUACAGGUCAACAUCACGCUGUCAUGGAACAAGACCAUCGAACUAACUGACGACAUUGUCCUCACUUUUGAGUCGGGUCGACCUGAGCAGAUGGUCCUGGAGAAGUCGUUGGACUACGGUCGGACAUGGACACCCUACCAGUUCUACGCUACCGACUGUUUGGACGGCUUCACCAUGGAACCAAAGACAGUUGGCGACCUUACCCAGCGCACCUUGUUGGACAUCAUCUGCACCGAGGACUACUCACGAGGUUACGUGUGGAAGAAUGAUAAGACGGUGCGCUUCGAGAUCAAGGACCGCUUUGCACUAUUUGCUGGGCCACGCCUACACAACAUGGCCUCCUUGUAUGGCCAGCUGGAUACCACCAAGAACCUAAGGGACUUCUUCACCAUCACUGACCUAAGGAUUAGGCUGCUGAAGCCGGCGACUGGAGCCACCAUGGUAGACGAGAACAACUUGUCCAGAUACUUCUACGCCAUCUCCGAUAUCAAAGUGCAAGGAAGGUGCAAGUGCAACCUGCACGCCAACAGCUGCGUGUUCGACAAGGGGAAGCUGGGCUGCGAGUGUGAACACAACACCACGGGACCUGACUGCAGCCGCUGUAAGAGGCACUACCACGGCCGAGCCUGGAGCGUGGGCUCCUACCUCCCGAUACCCAAAGGAACUGCAAAUAUAUGUAUACCCAGCAGUCACGGACCUGCGCAUCGAGCAAAUGCGUCAUCUCUUGGCGUCGCAAAUCGUAACCAAGCCCGGGUGUGCGACAACGCAAUGCUGCGCUGCCAGAACGGCGGCACAUGCCACCACCACCAGCGCUGCCACUGCUCCCCGGGCUUCACCGGCAUCCUGUGUGAGAGGGCCCGCUGCCAAGGCCCUGGCGAGUGUGACGUGCAACUGUCGGGAAGGGCCAGCCACCACUAUGCCGCUAGCCAUCUUGCUAUCGCCUCGCUGUUACUAAUUGUUUCUCUAUGCUGAGUAACCAAAACCCCUAAGAAGGACACGCACGCAACAAGGUGGACCUAUGGAUAGUGUGGACCAAAUGCUGAGCAACCUGGCGACUAUUUUGUACGUCUCAGGACGCCGUAGUACGCUAGAUGGACUCAUGAAACGUCACUGCUGUCUUGAUAUCUUUCACGGGAAACUUAUGUGAUUGGCUGACUUUGUUUGUUAAAGGAGUACGGCGAGAACUACCUGCUAACUGUAAAAAUCAACAGACUUUCUUAGAAGUAUCGUUAAAAAUCAAUUUAAACUUGGCCAUUUUCUAGGCGCGCCAAGUCAGGCAAAGGUUGACAUCACAGAUGUUUACUACCCGUCACCAUGGCAAGCCUUCUUAACAUUGAAAAGGUUUAAUAUCUGGAAUUAACAUUGUAGAUGAACAUCUUUCUCACUAAUCAUGAUUACAUUUUAAAUAGCUUUUCCAUUUAAGACAUUUGUAAUGUAGUUGUGAUUAAUUCAAAUGAAAGAUAGCGAUUGAUCUAGAACAAAUGGAGAUUUUGCGAAUCGUGCGGUUUUGGCUUCUUCAUCCAUCCAUUUACCCAUUAUCUGUAACGCUUGGCCCAUCAUAACCAACUUUGUGCGACAGGCAUGGUACAAUACCAAGUAGUCCCCAGUCAAUUGCAGAGACAGACAACCGUUCACACGGUCAUUGACAUCAAUGGAAUAUUUUAAGUUUACAAUGACCUUAACAUGGGAAUGUAGGAGAAAACCAGAAUACCCAAAGAAAACCCACACUGGCAUUAGGAGAACAUGCAAACUCCAUCCAGGAAGGCUCUGAUUCAAACCCUCAACCUCUGAACUGUGAGGCUGAUAUGCUAACAAGUAUGUAUUACUCAGCUGCCAGUAUCCACAAUUGUGUCAGUUACAGAUAUUUGAAGAGUAUACUAAUAGAUUAACGGUGUGAGUUUCACGAUAUAUAAUAUUGCGAUGAAUUGAAGAUAUCCUGAAGUGAAAAUAUGACAAGUAAGCAUCAGAUUGUAUAAUAACAAUUGCAACAUAGAGAGCAGUAUUUCUCAUAUUAGCAAAUGAUUUGUAGAUAUACAUGAACUGCAACAGAGAGAAAAUAACUAAUUGUGGAUAGGAAGAAUGCAGCUUUGGAAUAGCUUAAAUGUUUUUCAUGGUGAGGCAAACUGAAUGACAGACGUCUGCAAAACAUAUCCAAUGUAGAUGUUAAAUGUUAAGAAGGCUUGCCAUAUUUCAUGCUGUGCUGGUGUGUCAGUGCUACAACCAACGUACCAACUUAAUGAGUAGCUCUUUCAAUGAACACUAUUAUGGUUGAAAUUAACAAUAUAAAAUAUGGUGGUGUGUCAUGAAAUUUUGAGGACUGAAGUUAAAAAAAAAAAAAAAACUUUUCUGUAACCUCUCUGAAGUCUAAGGCUACGUUUACACAAGGACAGAUCAUUUUCUCCGUGGUUAUUUUGCUGACUAUUUUUAUACCUGUCCUCACUACAUUUAAGGUGCAUUUACGCUCCCCCCUCCCUGCAAACUACCCAUGCGUAGAAAGGACCAGCCUAAUGUGUUACGUCAUCGUCCGAACUGGAAACUCAUUACUUGCCAGCGAGAAAUUUCUAAAUUACUACACCUUCUAGACCAGGAGUCAGGAACUUCGUUUUGUUAUCACUGUUUUUUCGUGAACGCAUUUGAACGCAUCACGCAGAAGUUAGAGUGAAGGGACUGAGGGCACACUCGUCUUUUACGAGCAGUCGCCGAGUUGUGAUUGAAAUAACUCUUUAGAAAACAACAAUGAAAACCUGCCAUCGUUACUUGGGAUGUUACAAUCGAUGCUCAGUUGCGCACUCACCACUUGGAAAAUAACAAAUAGAAAAAUAUGGUGUGCGUAUAUUUCCUGGAAGUGGAAACUACAACCAGGAGGGCUUGUGCAUAACAGUGGCGCUCCAAGAGGAGACAACAGUUUUGACAGGCGAAAACGUCAUGAAAAUGAAACACACCUCUGUGACUUACGGUACCAUGCGGUUCACUUUUCCUAGUUUAAUUUUCCCGUACGCAUUUUUAUAUACUCCAAAUCUGUCGGCACAGAGUUGGUCGGGGCCAACCCCGCUGCUGGCUUAUCAGAGACUUAAUGCAUGAGAUGAGCUCUGUAAUAACGCUCAUCUCUAUGUAAUCCUCGAUGAGAGGACCACCAAUGAGCAAAGAAUUGAAGCAUAUUAUUGCGACGUACGUUUGAAGGUUCAAGAAAAAUCUGUAAAUGGAUUAUCAGCUAAUCACAGCUCGUUCAAUUCGAGCGAGAGGACCGGUACCACAUUUAAACUUGCGGGUUGGCGGAGAGGCAGAUGCACUCAUCAAAAGAGCCAGAAAUGACUCGCGAGACAUCAGUUCCUGAGACCUGUUCUACACUCUAGAUCAGACACAUCCAAAGUCCGGCCCGGGGGCCAAAUGGGGCCCGUCGUCAAAUUUCAUUCGGCCCCCAGCCUCUUUCAAAAAAUCAAUAACGUCUGGCCCGCACACACUUAAUAAAUUGGUUAGCAGUACUGCUACCAGCAUAUGAAGUAGCUUACACACUAAAUGCUGCUCCUCAUUUACCCACUAAAAAGCAGCAGCACUCUAAGCAACAUUACCCAGUGUGACCCUUACUUCCAAUUUUCUAAAAUGACCACAAUCAACAAAAAAAAGUUGACUGCGACGGCCAACGCUUCAAGGAUAGGUGGAAAUUGCCAAACAAGACACGCUGACAUGUACGACAAGAUUAUAGGGAAGAUACGCAGCGAGAAAUUGAAGCAACUUGAAGCUAGUAUAAUUUCACAGCAGCAGUAUUUUGCAAGAGCCCGAGAGUUGAAAGAGAGCGCCACAAAGGCUAGUUGUGAGAUUCUUGAAAUUAUUAAUUAAAAAAAUAAUAAAGCAAAUGUGACAUACAGAAUGGGUUGCUAAAAUUUGCUUAAAUAUAUUGUUCUACGUAAAGGACGUCAGCCAUGGUCGGUCCCCCGCAUUUUUACCACACCAAAUCUGGCCCCCUUUGCAAAACGUUUGGACACCCCUGCUCUAGAUGAUAAACUGUAAACAAUGACUGUAGAAAAGUCUUGAUCGUCCGCUUCAAUUAGGGCUGCAGCUAUCGUUUAAUUUAGUAGUCGAUUAAUCGAUGAACUAGUUAGUUCGAAUAAUCGAGUAAUCGGAUAAGGAACAUGAAAAAUUAAAAUACUUGAGCUGAGCCUCAAAUGGGUUUUUUUUGUUUUCUUUAAUGAGCAUCUAUGGACAACAAAAGAACAAUUGGCUAACUUACAUACAAAAUUCCGCUAGCUGAAAUGCGAUAAAUUGCUAAAAAAUUUUUACAAUCCUCUUCACAAAUGGUUCAGACACAUAUUCCCACAAAAAUGGCUAAAUAUACCUAUAAACUAAAUUAUGAAUGCAUUAAAAAACAUUAGCUCAAACAAAAACUUAGCUUACGUUGGUCUUAACAGGGAGCAGUUCGAUUCAGCAAUGUGAAAUGCAGCAGACUAGAGGGCCUGUGUAUCCACCCUGAUCAAUAAAACUAAAUGCAAACACUUUCAAAAUAAACCAUUACAAGGCCACUGGAACUAAACGAAUACUCAAAGCAAUAAAAUUUAAUUCGAGUAUUUUUUCCUAAUCGAAUACUCGAGUUAAUCGAUUUAUCGUUGCAGCACUAGCUUCAAUUGUUAACAAUGUCGUCAUGCGGUACUAAAACUGGCACUGGCACGCUCCAUGACGUCACUUCUUUUGUAUCCAAUUGUUAUACGGAGACACUCGUCUGUAUCAAGCGGCAGUUAAUAUUAGCCAGCUACCUACUCCGUGCAAGAACUUACACGGAGAACAGGUACAUUAGUGUAGCCGACUUGACGUAUAGUCUAACUAUUACACGUUUAAAGCCAUUAUCCGUCCCUGUUUAGACGUAGCCUAACACACUUUCCUGACUUUCUCUGCCACAACCUCACCCACUGCUGCAAAGCUCAUUUGCAGCUUGGGAAGGUAUGGGAGAAGAAGGUUCAGGCAUGUACAAAGGCGUUUUAACAGUUGUUGUUUUUUUCCUAGGAACAUGCAACAUAUUGUUGUUUUUGCUGUAUACUUGUAUAUCAUUACUUUUCAGGAAAACAAGAAACAGUUUUAAAAAUGUAAUAAUAAAUACAGUAAGUGCUUCAGUUACCAAACGUACCUCAAGUUUGUAUUACACACCAUCAGUCACCAUCUAUAGUACUGUUGCGCACCAACAAAAACACACUAGCCUCUAUCUCAAAGGUCAUAGUGCUAUUGCAAUGAAAAAAAUUAUGAGCUGACAAAAAUAAUUCCACACAUUCUUACUUUUGUGGCUGAGCUGUUGCUUCUGCACGUAAAUAGAAGCCCCUUUCCCAGUAUUUUGGCCUACCAGUAUUGUAGAAACUUAUCAUUGCAGUAUCAAGAAUAAGCAUUUAUAUACAGUAUCACAAAAGUGAGUACACCCCUCGCAUUUCUGCAGAUAUUUAAGUAUAUCUUU